UAUUGAUUCUACAUUUACAAAACUUGAUCUUAAUAAAAAUGUUAAACCUCUUACGGAAACAACAACAUAUACGCUAGGUCAUGAUUUAGAUGAUCAGCGAUCAGUAGAAACUGAUAGAAAACAACAAUCUUUAGUACGACAACAAUUAGAUUCAAUAGAAAAAUUCGAUGGACUCGGUAAUCCAAAAAUUUGGUUAAAAUAUAUUAUAGAAAAAUUUGAUUUAUUACAAUUUACAUCUCUUGAACGUAACGAAUUAAUUUCAGAAAUUCUGACUGGUGAAGCACUUAUUUGGUAUGUUGAACAACAAGAUCAUAUGCCAACCUUUAUUACAUUUAUGAAGAAAUUUUUACAACAUUUCGAUAAUCAAGAGUUAAAGACAGAUUUUUCAAGAGAAUUUGUUUCGUCAGCUAUGCCAUCGAAGCCAUUAGAAGCUGAUAGUUGUCAAGAUACUGUUACGAAUUGUUUACGAAACCAAUUAUUAAUUACGAACCUCGAAAAAUUACAAAAAUAUUCUGGCAAAUUGCAACAAAAUGUAUCAAACUGGUUACGAGAAAUUCAACAAGCAAUGAACAUGUUUAAGUUAACCGAUGAUGAAAAACUUUUUUAUGUAUCUUUAUGUUUAGAAGCAGAUGCACGGGAUUGGUUUUAUGAUAAUCCUCAUUUAUGUUCAACGUGGUCCAUAUUUACACAAAAUUUAUUAAAAACAUUUGAAUCUUCAGGAAAAGGUGGUAUUGCAUUUAAUCGUUUACGACAUUAUGAGCAAGGUAUUAAUCAGGAUGUACGCCACUAUUAUUUUGAAGUUAUGAAAUUAUGUAAAGAAGCUAAUCCAAUUAUGGACGAUGUUAGUAAAUUACAAUAUUUAAAAGAUGGUUUAAAACCUUCAUUACGUUUUGAUGUACUAUUAAAAAAUCCAAAAAAUCCAGAAGAAUUUUUAGAAUAUGCUCAAAUGAUUGAAGAAUUGAAAUCAUUAGAUGAUAAACAAGAUGUACUAACAUAUUUGGAUAAACAAAAGUUCACAAAACCACCAACAAUUAAUUCAAAUAACAUAAAUAACAAGCCGCAACAAAUUAAUCAACCAUCUAUACCUCGGCAACCAAAUCACAAUAACGUCUAUUACAAACCAAAUUAUCACAACACUAAUCCAAAACGAAUAUUCAACCAUACAACACCAAAUCAAGUUCCAUAUAAUAAUACAGUACCUAAACCACCAUAUCAAUGUUACAAGUGUGGUGCAAAUGAUCAUUAUAUUCAUAAUUGCCCACAUUUUCAAUAG